CGUUUAUUUAAAUAAUUAUUAUCAUUAAAAAGUGAUACUAUUUAAGUUGUUUCAGUGGAAUGCAUUAAUUAAGUGAUUAGAACUUUAUUCAUUCCAGUGAAAACAAGUAACUUGUUUUAUUGUCCGUUUUGUUGUGAAAAAAAUGAGAUGAUACCAGUUAGACAGAAUUGACUUUAAUGUGUCACGUGUGUUAUCUCAAAAUAGUAACUAAGUGUCAGGUCUCUGUAGCUUCAUAUUCAAUUUCAUGUAUACUUAACACAUUAAUGUCCGUACAUUUGUGUGAAAUGCCUUAUAGCUUUGUAAGGUUAUAUGCAUGGCGUGUUGUGUUUGUUGUCUGUGUUAAUUGGUUACAUGUAUUUGAUAUGGAAAAUAACAAGCUCCAGACUUUAAGCGUGUACAUGUGUCUUAAAUUCGGGAGUAAUAAUCCCCAGUCAAUUUAGAGAACGGUGUUUGUAGUAAUUUUGGUUGUUUCGAGUCUAUGCUAUAGGUGGUGGGCCUAUACGUCAAUAUUUGUAGGCCUAUACGUCAGUAGACAGGAUUUCCGUAGACUCUCUUAAUAAAAAUAAAGCUUAUCUUCUUAUUUUUGCCCUUUUCAGUUGGUUUGAUAUCAGGCAACAAUAGAAAAAUAUAUAAAUAAUUCUAACUCUUCACACAAAUAUACAGAUAAUCAAUAAACUUUAGAUUAGCAGCCAAAGCUCAUAUUUACGUAUUUACAAAUACUAAUUAGCAACUUUAACAUUUUAAUUUUAACAUACACAUUUAGAAUAAUUACUUAUGCGUUAUAUACCAGGAUGAUGGAGAAUAAUAUUUUAAAUAAUUGCAAGAAAUAAAAAUGCUAAUGUCAAUUGCGCAAUUACAGACGUGCAGGCAACAGACAUAUGAACACAUCAACAAUCAACAGUUAAACUGUUAUAAAAAGAAACAUGUUUAUAAAAUUGUAAACUCAUUUUUUUUUUUGAAUAAUUGAACAGAUAUAUUCAGGCAUUUUUAUAUUAUGUAUCUUAUCAUGGGUAUCCGCUCUCCAUUUGCAAAGACCAAAUAAGAUCAAAUUCCGACCAAUAUGACACUAAAUUGUUUAUUUAUUAAUUUAAAAAGUUUGUGGGAAAAGUAAAAUAAAAACAAGAAUAAUCACAUCCAAAACACAAGACCACAAAAAUAACCAUGAAUUUACCACCAGUUUGUAGCCAGUUUGCCGCUCUGUUCCAAUAUAAACAUGGAGUUCAGGCUGUUAUUGUCUUUUUGUCAACAUAAUGUUUUUAAAUAUUACGUCAUAAUGUUGUUGCGUUACAAGUGAUAUGAGCAAUAUUUGCGUGCACAUUGUAUAGUUACAAUCAAAAAUCAAUUAAUAUUAUCCAGUGUAGUGUAUUUGAAGCGGCUAAAUCAUUUAAAAGCCUUCUGCCAGCUUGUUAAAAUUCAUAUAAAAGAAUUGUGAGAUGUGUAACAAUCCUCCAAGAGUUUGACUGCGAGUAUUUAUAGGGUGUAUCUGUUAAAGUUGUUCAUAUGAGGUGUACUCGAGCAUAUUAUCUAAAAUAUAGGCUACGGUCUUAAAAUAACCUUAUAGAAUUUCAUCAUCUUUUACUGAGUCAAUGAUUUCAACCUGCUGACCCCACUACAGUAAAUAUGAGUGGAGCUCAGCACAGAGCAUCAGUAUUUCUUUAAAACAAGCCUGUAAAAGAUCACAUCACAGCUUUAUUUGACACUGAAUUCAACAGUAAUUUGUUUGAAAACAAUGUUAGGCACUUCAAGAAAUUUUUAAUUUUCUUGCGAAGAAAGUAUUGCAUUGUAUAUAUUUAUUAUCUGCAAGGAUAUUAUACGAGGCUUUGUACACUUCUAUAUAUAUAUUUCUAAACAGGCAAGUGAAAAUAAGAUCAGUUUAGAUCGUGCGAGCUAUGGGAAAAGAAAAAAGUUUUACAUUUUCCUAAUAAGUUAGUUUAUAGUAUUUUUUAAAAAGCAUAUAAAACCCACAAUACAGAAGUUAAUGUUUUGUUUUGUCUGUAAUGGACCGAGUGGGUGGUACCUUCCAGUGUUCGAGUAAGCUUCAGCACGUGACGUGGAAAUGACCAAUCAGGUGCACCUUCAGGUUUAACUACGUUAAAUGUCAGAUUGCUAUAAACUAGAAGCUGUUGGUCUGGCCCGCGGAAAUGGGCGAGCAUAAUCUUCUUAAUCCUGGGUUUGUGGGACCUUUGGUAAACAUCCACACUGGCGACAGGUUUUACUUCCCGAAUUUUAGAGCCUCAGGGGGACAGCUGGCGGGGCUACCGUCUCUCUCGUACCCUAGAAGGGACAAUGUUUGCUCUCUCCCGUGGAAUCCAUCGGAGUCGUGCAAUGGAUAUCCUCAGUCUUACUUUAGCAGUCCCGUAUCCAUUAACCCAUCUUUUAAUCGAUCUUGUGAAAUAACCCGACUGGACGAAAGCAAGUGCUAUUAUGGCAAUUCCGGCAGCAAUAGAGAGUCUUGUUCAGACAGCAACAGUCUCAAACGAGAGGAGCGAGCAAGAGAGACAUCGGUAUCGUCGGAUCACGGGAUGCACAAUGGGAUGGGCAACAGUGGCACCUUCUCAAAGUAUGAUUAUGGUACCGAGCAUCUGACCCAAGAUCCCCCGUCCUGUCAGUCAUUGGAGUCCGACUCCAGUUCUUCAGUGCUCAACGAAGGAGGAAAGACGAGCGACCCACAAACCCUGGUACCGCAGGGAAACCACGCAAGCAGUAUCGCCAGUGGAGGAGGAGGAGGUGCUCCGUGGUACCCGAUGCACACCCGGACCCGCAAAAAGAGAAAACCCUAUUCCAAAUUGCAACUGGCCGAGCUUGAAGGAGAGUUCAUGCUGAACGAGUUCAUCACUCGGCAGCGACGUAGGGAGUUGUCUGACAGGCUCAAUCUUAGCGACCAACAGGUUAAAAUUUGGUUCCAAAAUCGGCGGAUGAAGAAAAAGAGACUGUUGCUGAGGGAGCAGGCUUUGUCCUUCUUUUAAGAAGACAGUAUAUAUGUAUUGCAUAAUAGUCCAGCAGCUGUAUUUAGUUAAAGGUAAUCUGGCAUUAGCAUAUUUUACUCUGAAAGUCUCUGAUAGCCCAUGACGCAUUCAGAAACGAAUAAGAUUUCAAAAAAGCGUUUAAGAAUUUUGGAACAAAGGCCAUGCGACCAAAUGUUGGCUCUAAAACUCUACUCUUGCCAUGUUUGUGGUCUGGUGUUUAUUUUAGCGGGUUUGUGCCCAGUAAUUUUGGGUAUGUAGUAUAUAAGGUGGAAAUGAUUUAUUCAAGAGUAUUGAAAGAAACAAGUUGUCUAAGCCAUCUCUCACUUUAUUAAAUAUUGCAAUGAACUGCUAGUAAGAUAUUCAGAUGUGAAUAAGCUGUGAGAGAGCACUCGAACAAUAAAAUGGGUUCUUAUCCAUAUUAAUGACGUUGAAAUUACCGCUAAUUAUUUAUUAACAGAGUUUUAAAAAACAUUAUUAAAAGCGUAAUAUCAUUUUGUGUCAUGGUCUUGUUCUGUGGAGUAAAAUGAACAAAUGCUCUAAUCUGUCAGCUCGAAACCAUAGACCGAAAUACCAUACAUGGUCAUAAUCAGAGUACUUGGAUGUUAAUAAUCUCCCAUCUAUGUUGUUUUGCCAGUUCUCGCUAAAUAAGGGUCUGUCAACCCGAGCGUUAAACCAUCAAAGUCUUAUCUCCGUUCCGCGGUCAUCGCCACGUGUUCGCUGGCACGUUCACGGUCACGGACACGAAGUUAGUGCCCCAUCUUGGGCUAUUGAUAAGUAAACUGCAAUUACAGAACAGCUUUUAUUAAUAGAUACACUGCGUUGAUAUAUAACAUUUGAAAAUAAUUCUGAUAAAUGUUACAUCUAGCCUAUCUAUAACCUGAUAAUAGCUAAAGUGUAAUUAAUUAGGCCUGCAGCUAAGCCGCCAAGCUACACCAUGGUGCUGCUACUGCAAAUCUUUUUUAUCUAGUAAAAAUGUUUUUCUUUUCUUUGUCAUCUUUGCAUUGUUGAAAGCAUAAAUUCCCCAUAAACGAUUGCUCGUCCCCUGAUCCGUGUAAUUCGGACAUAUUCGCUUAGGUCUGUUUAAUUAAAUCACAACAGCGCUUUUGGGAGAGGAAUGCAUGGUCACCCAAAAUUAUUAAGAGGCGCAACGAUAAAUUAAAACAAAGAUUAAGUCAUUUAUAUGGACGUAGCAAUCUAACUAAAUUAGACCGAAUUAAAAUUCAUAUUUUCAUCAAGCUUGUUUUGCAAAUUAGAGCACCCGUCACUAUACUAGCGUUAUUUACUCAAAUUAUUGAAUAUAUGCCAGUGAAAUAAUAAAUAAUAUUUGCUGCAUGAUGAUUCUAAUGGCUGUAGUUAGAAGGUGACAAAAGCAAAUGUUUUCCGACUAUUUUUAUUGUGAAAUGGCGCAUGUAUUAUUUUAAAACACCUUAUCGAACUUAUAAAGAUGUUACUGUUAUUAAUGUGAUUAUUAUUGUUUAUUAUUAGUAGUUGUACAAUUAAGGAAUUUAUACAGGUAGGUCAGUCGGUGCUAUUUUUCCAUAUGUGACUGACUGAACUUGGCGACUGACCUUUGCUUUAACCCUUGUUUGUGAAUCUAUAGAAAGUACAAAUGAAAUUAUGAAUGACAUCAUCAGCAACUAUAUAAAAAUAGCCAGUCUUGAAACCCACCGAUUCUUUAUUGUUUUGUGAAUUUGUCUGUUGUAUAAAUGAUCUGUGUUGCACCGAUGUCGCAUUACUUUGUACUUUGCGAUUACAAUGUCUUGUAAAUAAAGCUACGAAUUCAUGAAUGUA